GGGAGGGCAGAGGAGGAGAGAGCCUGGGAGCGGAGGAGCAGAGGCGGGCGCCGCACCGCCCCGCAUGCUCUCUCGCUGGAUAGACUCGCGGGCGGCCGCUUGGGCGCACUUGCCGGGUCACCUUGUCCCGGAGGAGAAAUGGGUUCCCUGAGACAAGUGUGACCUACGUGCCCAGCCCGCCAGCCUGACGCCUAGCCAGAGAGAGAGGACCAUGGAUGGCAUCAUUGAACAGAAGAGCAUGCUGGUGCACAGUAAAAUCAGUGAUGCUGGCAAGAGGAAUGGCUUAAUUAACACCAGAAACUUGAUGGCCGAGAGCAGAGAUGGUCUGGUGUCUGUUUACCCAGCGCCUCAGUACCAGAGCCACCGGGUGGGGGCCAGCACAGUGCCGGCCAGCCUGGACAGCAGCAGGAGUGAGCCGGUGCAGCAGCUGCUGGACCCCAACACCCUGCAGCAGUCGGUGGAGUCCCGCUACAGGCCCAACAUCAUCCUCUAUUCAGAGGGUGUGCUGCGUUCCUGGGGGGAUGGUGUGACCACCGACUGCUGCGAGACCACCUUCAUCGAGGACCGAUCGCCCACCAAAGACAGCCUCGAGUACCCCGAUGGGAAGUUCAUCGACCUCUCAGCUGAUGACAUAAAAAUCCAUACCCUGUCCUACGAUGUGGAGGAGGAGGAGGAGUUCCAGGAGCUGGAGAGCGACUACUCGAGCGACACAGAGAGUGAGGACAAUUUCCUCAUGAUGCCCCCGCGGGACCAUCUGGGCCUCAGUGUCUUCUCCAUGCUCUGCUGCUUCUGGCCUCUGGGCAUCGCAGCCUUCUACUUGUCCCAUGAGGUGUAUAGAAUGCUUUGCAUUCCUUUGGGGAUGUCAUACGGGGUGUGAGAACCAAAAAGGAUAUGGUAAGUGGCGAUUCUUCAUUCCAGAGCCACCUGUGUCCAUGCAACGAUUCCGAAUCACCCGCCGUGGGCACUCGGAAGCAUGUUUAUGCAUGAAGCUGUGCACACAGUGGGGCCGAGUGCUAACCAGCCAGAAUGAAUGUACUAUCCCCAUCUCUGAUUCCACAGCAGGGCUCCUGAGUCAUGCACACCACCCACAAAGGAAGCUCAGAUUUAUGCAUUGCCUGAUUGUUCUGGUCCUUAAGCUGGAUUUUAGGUAAUUGGAAAGGUAUCUUGCAAGUAACACUCUCAGCAGGGCACAAUUUAUUAUGCAUGAAAGUUGAAUCUCGAGAAAGGGAGUUGCCCCAAAUUGGCUGAUGAGCUGAUGAGUCUGGAGGGAGGCAGAGCCCUUCACGAAGCCACCUGACCUUCUCCCUGCCUGGCCCAGGCACUGUGUAUUUGCCCAGGUGCAUGUAAGUGUUCUUUGCCCAGAGCUGUGCUUUGGUGCUGCCCAGGGAGAGGGAGAUGGGUCCACAGGAGGAAGCCAGGCCACUCUCGGCGCCUUUGCCUUGUCAAGAAGGGCUGCGUCUUCUUUGAGGGCUUUGCCCUGCUGCAAUGACAGGAAAUGAGUUGAACUGGCAUCUUAUUUCCUUAGUCAGAGGGGCAUCUUCUGUCUUCAGCCAGCUCUCAGGCACGCUUCCUGGCAGAUUCUCUCAAAUCUGCUCCCCUAUCUGAACCGCGCGAUGCUCAGGAUGUUGCCUCUGAGUGUUCGCCUUAUUUCUGCUGCUAGAACUACUGUCUGCCCACAUCCAGGGCUCCAAACCAUGGCCCACAGCUCCCUCCCCUCGCCUCACCACAUUCUCCAGGUUGUGAAUCCCAAGCAUUCUCUCUCUACGAAGGCUCCUGGCCUCUCCGUUCCUGUCUGCUGUCCCUUUACUCUAGUCUGGUUCUCAUGGCCUGCCACUUUUUGGAACCAUUAGAUUGUUCUUCCAGUUCACCACCCUGUUUUCGUACCUCCCUUUUCUCUUGUGUCAGCCAAAGUCCCCAAGUUAAUGCUCCUAAGGCGGGUAAGCUGGUGCCUGUCUCCAGCCCAGGCUUCAGUGGUUCCUGAUGCUCUGCAGAGCUCACUCAGAGCACCUUUGCUGGAGGUUGGUGGCUCUCACAACUCAGCUUAGGGCUCUACUUCCAGCACCCCCCUCCUACCCACAGCAGGACCAUCCUGCCCACAGGGUCUCAGCAGGGCCACACCCUCCCUCUCCCACUCUCUCCUGCCUUCCGUACCCUGGUGUGCACUUGCCACCCCAACCUUUCAUGGCCUGUCCUCCCAUGCCACCCCUCCAGGAGCCCUUCCUCAACCUCUACCUGGAGGCCUUCUACCCACAAGCUUCCACUUCCUCCACAGGAAAUGGGCCAGGUGCCUCUCCCAGGCCCCUCCUCAUGCAGCGUGGCUCUGCUGUUCGGUUUUAGCCCAUGGUGCUGGUCUCCCUUGAGCAUUCUAAGUUCAAGAAUCAUAGCGAAUCUGGCCAGAGCCCUCUUGUUACUGUCACGUGUGAUCCCCGAGAAUGGGAUAAUACUGUAAUUCAGGUGUUCUAAAAUAAAAUACAGGGAGUACCAAACCUGCACUGCUUCCUGUAAUUGCAUGUCUUAAUGAGAGUGUUCUUGACAUAUCCAGUUCCAUUGCAUAGCUGUGCUGACAGGAACAUAGCCACUUAAUGGCAAGAGCAAGAAAAAUAUUGCCCCAGGGAAUAUCACAUAGUUUAUGUAUCAAGUUCUCUAAGGGUCUGCAUGGUUAGAGGCAAAAAAUUCAACCUGCCACCACUGUGUGCCUUUCAUGAGAAAGGCCGAUUCUUUCUGCAAAUUCUUCAUUAAUCCUCGUCACCACUUAGGAGCACGGAGGCCACCUAAGACUUUUCUUUUCUCCAAAUAAUUCAUCUUUUUUAUUUAGAUAGGAACAGUCUGACCUUAGCGGAAAGGGCUGGGAAGGUGCCUUUAAUUUUUGGACAGGGCUUAACCCUUUGGUGCCAGGACAGACAUCACGUGCCCCUGAGUCCUGAGUCUACUUGGGAAUAUUUGUGAUGGUCCCUGUUGACAUAAACAUCCUUGUGCCUUUGUCUUAAAGCAGGAGAAGAAAGCAGCCUGCGCUAUUAUUCAUGACACGUGGCAUCCCAAGCCAUAAGACUAAAGAAUGGCUUUGGCAGCAGGACUUAAAACUGAUCUUGGCACAACCUUUCAUUAACCUGCAAAAGAUUAAUUUUAUUUCCCAGUAACUUAACAGAAUUCAAAAGCUAGGAGAAAAGGCUUGUAGGAAAGUCAACCUUAGAUAUGCUUCUAAAUAUAUCUUAACUCAGAAAUAUUCCCCCUCGGUCCCAGCACAGAAUUAUAACAGCUCUUCAUCUUCAAAAAGUGUGCAUGAAGGGUUUUGGCUCUUGGUGGUCCGUAAACAAAUGGUUGCAGGAGUCAAGAACUCAGGGUCUGGGAGACUCCUGGAUCUAGACACAUCACUGCCAGCCACUCAGGAGCAGGGACAAACCCCAGAGGGUAUCCACCCCAACAACGGGACACAUCCUGCGUGCCCAUCUCAACCACAGGCUGUCACAUCCUGAGCUUUUCCAUGUGCCAGGCACCAUGCUGAGUGCUUCAUGAGCUCUGUCACAUGCGUGCCUCCACAACAGUGAUGAAAUGGGAAGGAAUGCUUUAUGGAUGAGGAGAUUGCGUCUCUGGGAGAUGGCACCAUGGGAUGGGGUGAAGGCAGGGUGUCAGAGCAGACCCUCCCAAUGCUUGGCUAGACUGCCCACCUCCAAGGCAACCUGGAAGAUAUCAGACCUCCCUGUUACUUAGAUAAAGGGUCUGGGUGUUUGGGGUUGGAAGUUUGAAAGCAUCCUGGUGACGGCCAGUCCCAGCUAUGUGACCCUGGCCAAGUUACUCCCUAUCCCAGGGCCUCUGAGAUAAGAUAAGACAAGAUGUGGUGAGGCUGACAGCUGCUGUGUGUGCUGUAUGGGAGCAAGCAAGCCUACUCUGCAAAUCAGAGAGAAAGCACCAUCCGCACCUGGACAGCCGCUCCCUGUCCUGCCAUCUCCCUGGACAGAGCUGCAUGCCCAGGCCUGGUGCAGUCUCCUUGCUGGCCUCACCAUCAGCCUUCCAUGACACAGACCUGCCCAUGGACCCCAGCAUGGAGCUAGGACUGGGGGAGAAUUUGCCCUCAGCGUACCCAUUGUGCCUAGCCAGACCCCGAGCUUCCUGUGUCCCCCAUUGAGGAUCCUAAAGCCACCCGCACCCCCUGCCUCGACACCUCGACACAGAGGUUCUCCCUUCAUGCUUGCCCUCCUGACCUUGUGCCGGAACUCCUGCUCAGCCCACACAGAACCAGCUCCUGAGGCGUCUCCCAGAGCCCUUCUAGACUGACGGAAUGCCCCUGCAGCUCUUCUCCAGCUACAGUUGGGACUUUAAGGAACAUUCCCAGCUUAAAUCAUGACACCCAAAGGACAAGGGCAUAAAUGGCAUAAAUGGGAUUUGGAACCUGAAUUCUUAGUGUCUGGAGAUAGAAGAGGAUGGUAAUCUAGGGCUUUGGGGGAUAACAUGAAUGGAGAGGCCACGCUGCCUCCCAGGUAGGGGAGAGAGGCUGUUACCAGUGCUGGGUGAGGCAGACCAUGGAGAGCACCCUGAUCGCCAGCAGGGUUGGGCAUUGCUCUCAGAUCUUUUGUUUUUUUUUUUGACAGUAUCUCUCUCUGUUGCCCAGGUUAGAAUGCAAUGGCAC